GUUCCCUUCCAUAGGGAUUUAUAACACUCCAUUAUGGGUACCGUUUAUGUAUUCAUGAUAAUCAGAUCAUAAAAUUGAAGGAGAAGUAAAAUAUCAAAAGGGCAGUGUGUUGUCGGAAGCCAUAUCCACUUACAUCGUUUUUAUACUGUCAUUAUUUUGCCUUUGUUCGCCCUAUUUGUCAUUACUGAUAUUGUUGAUCAAAGCAACGUGUGUGAAUUAAAUAUAGAAAAGUUAGAAAGUGCUACUUGCUACAUUUAUCGAUUUUUGAAACUGCGGACUAUAAAGAGUAAAUUUCAUUGCGGAACGAGAUACGUCAGAGGACCUUAGUUUUUGUGUUUAUUUUUGGUUGAACACAACAUAGAGACAAAAGUAUUUUGGCGAUAUAUACUUUGGGAAGAAUUCCAAAAGAGGCUGGAUCAUAAAGACACCAUCAGUUAGAAGACGGCAUUAAGGGCAGUGAAGAAGCCUUAACCUCUAUAAUCCUACACCAAGUUCAUGGCCCAGAAGGAGAAAAGAACAUCAAGGAAGAAUACCAAAUUUGAACCAAAUUCUGGGGAUUAAUGCAGUAUGCCUUCGAUAAAAUGUAAAGUGUCCAAAGGACGUCGCACCAAGUUCAGCUUUAAUUGCAGAUUGUGUAAGGGCAACCAUGGGCUGCGAAAAUGCCAGAAAUUUCUCUGCAUGACCGUCGAUAAACGUUUGCAUGCAGUUAUAGCUAAUAACUACUGUCCCAAUUGCUUGGCCCAUACGCAUUCAUCCGGAAAAUGUUUUUCUAGCUUAGGAUGCAAACAUUGUGGAGGCAGUCAUCAUUCCUAUUUGCAUAUCCACUCCGAGAAACACGACAACCAAAAAACAGAAGCCAAGGAUAACUAUCAAAAACCCAAACGUUCAACAACAACCCAACAUAAACGUCCAACAACAACAACCAUAUCUCAAGCCGUGAGCCUUGAAACACUUACCAGUCCCCAUACAACUAAUCUUUUCCCAACGGCCGUGGUAGAUGUACUCCAUGGCAAGAAAAAGCACUCGGUCAGAGCCGUAAUAGAUCCAUGCACAUCUAUUAGCAAAAUUUCACAGCGAUUGAUAGAGAAAAUUGGGCUAACUACUACUACUCUUGGCAGCGAAACUAUCUGCCCUGUCGCGAUCCAUUCCAAAUGUAUCACCAACAGGUUAUUAGAAACCAUGAUGACUGUGAACCAUCGCAUAUCUAUGGACACCCCAAAAAGAUCAAUUCCAGCAACAACUGCAGACAAGUUCCCAAACAUGAAGUUGGCGGAUCCCCAUUUUUAUCAAAGUGGACCAUUCGACAUCGUUUUUGGAUCCGACUUAUACGCCAAGAUAAUUCUACCAGGUCUUCUACCAAGCAAUGCCGGGCUUCCCGUUGCAACUAAUACUAUAUUUGGAUGGGUUUUGUCUGGAUCGUGCUCAGCUUAGUAGCCUAUUUUAUUAUAAACAUUUGAAAUAUCAAAUAUGAAUUAUACAAUUUAUUAUGAAUUCCUUUAGAAAAUAAGGCAACUUUUUAAUAUUUGCAUUACUGCAAGAGGGGCCGGAAUGUUUAUGCCGCAUACCUUCGCCGUUUAGUGUUAAGUCAAAUGAAUUUUCAUAUCCAGAUGUCACUUUUCAUCUUAGAUAAGGCUAAAAAGUAGUUGCGUUAAGUUUACUACUUGUUCUUUUGUAUUAGCUCACCGAGUGAUUUCUCGUUCAUUCAAUUUGUUACCAUCGAAUAAUAAAGUUAAAAGUCAUCGUCUACUUAACCAUAAA